GGCACAUGGCAAGCAAAGCCUGGUGAGGUCGCCAAGGCCGUCGAGAUCGCACUGAAGUCCGGUUACAAGCUCAUCGACGCUGCAUACUGCUACGCAAACGAAGACGAGGUUGGCCAAGGUUUAAAGGCCGCAUUCGAUUCCGGAAUCAAGCGUGAGGACAUCUUCGUCGUAACAAAGCUAUGGAACACAUAUUCGACACGUGUCGAGCACGGUCUUGACAAGUCUCUCAAGUCGCUUGGUCUCGACUACGUCGACCUCUAUCUUGUCCACUGGGCUGUGGGCAUGAACCCCAACGGAACAAGAUCUGAUGGUGGAGACGCGGACCGAUUUCCUCUUCUGCCCAACGGCGAGCGUGAUAUCCUCUGGGACCACGACCACGUUCAGACCUGGAAGGAUAUGGAGGCCCUGGUAAAGACUGGCAAGACGAAGGCUAUUGGUGUCUGCAACUACAGCAAGAUCUACAUUGAGAAUCUGUUGAAGCACGCAACCAUCACGCCCGCAGUGAAUCAGAUCGAGAACUCGCCGGCUCUACCGCAACAAGAAGUUGUCGACAUCUGCAAGGAGAAGGGUAUUCACAUCAUGGCGUAUAGCCCUCUGGGAAGCACAGGUGGUCCUUUGAUGAAGAGCGGAAUUGUCACUGGUCUUGCCGAAAAGAAGGGGGUCAGUGCUGGCACAAUCCUGCUCAGCUACCACGUUGCAAGAGGGAUCACUGUGUUGGCCAAAUCUGUCACCGAGUCCCGCAUAAAGGACAACUUGAAGAUUGUUGACCUUAGCUCAGAAGACCUGAAAGAGUUGGCCAAGGUACCAGAGCAACUGACCGCUGACAGCAAGCCUCUAAGAUAUGUGUACCCACCAUUCGGCAUUGACUUCGGUUUCCCCGACAAGCGGGAAGGCAAACCCCUCAAAAACGGUGCUACUGCAUGA